CGCAGUUUGCAGACGGCAGCGAAUUUCGUCCUGUGAGGAUGGAAAGUCAUCGGACAACCCUGAUGCUCUUGGGUUUGCGACCCCAAGCAAAGAAAGAAAAAGCGAGAGUUGAUGUACCCUGAUACUGACACUUGAUUGUUGUUGUAAUGUCUAUCGGCAAGUGUGCGCGGGAGUCGAGUGCGUCUUGUCAUGAAUAUAACUGAAGUGAUGUACCCGCGCUGAGUGUCUGUCCGCAGAGCACCACUGCCGGUUAGGCUUAGGCCUUCCUUCUGUCGGCGGAGCACGGUACCGUUGUUUACAGACUGGAAUGGACAGUAAACCGACCAUCUGAUCUCCACGGACAUGUUUUCGACCACGGGUCGAGACAACGAUCAAACUUUUGAUGCCGACAGCGAGGAUAUUGCGUCCAAGUGGAAAAAUAUUCUCGUUACAUCCCUGAAGAAGGUGCAGUGUCAGGUGCACCCGUCGCUGACUGCGACCAAUGACGCACUCGAGUAUGUGGAAUCGCUGGUGCUCCGCUUGCUUGGGACCCUGUGUGCUGGACGCCCUCACUCCAUCCAGGACGUGGAGGAGCGGGUGGGUCGCCUCUUCCCCCACCCCAUUGACCAGUGGGCCAAACUGGACGCCCAGGCGGCGGUGGAGAGGGGGCGCCGUAGGUCCUCUCUCGUCCUUCCCCUCGAGAAAAUUCAGACUGUGCUGAACAAGGUGUUGGGGUACAGAGUAGAUUUCCUAGUAUGCCAGUACAUCGCUGCCGUGCUGGAAUACAUUGCUGCCGACAUCCUCAAGCUCACCGGGAACUAUGUGAAGAACAUUCGUCAUGUGGAAAUCACAUGUCAGGAUUGUCGUGUUGCCAUGUGUGCCGACAAGGUACUCAUGGACAUGUUCCAUGGCGAAGAGGAAGAACUCACACUCACAGAAGACGACACUCCCAGCGGACGAUCUCCUUCGUCGUACGAGGAAGAAGUGAAGGAUCUCAUCACGGAAGAGAGGCAACAUAUCCGCGAGCUCAACAUGAUUAUCAAAGUGUUCCGCGAGCCUUUUAUUAAGUUGUUUCCCGGCUGCAAGGAACUGGAUGCGAUAUUUGGCAGCGUAAUGGAGGUUUACGACUUCAGUGUCUCACUCUUGGGUUCCUUCGAAGACGCCGUUGAGAUGACGGACGAGAAUCAAAGUCCUGCUAUUGGCUCGUGCUUCUACGAAAUGGCAGAGUAUGACGAGUUCGACGUGUACGAAGACUACGCCCUUAAAGUGAUGUCGCCCAACUGUAGGGAACGGCUAUCGCAACUGCUGCUGCAAUCUGAUGUGGCCAGCUCUUUACAGACCGCUGGCCACGGCUUCAUUCUUGCCGUCAAGUACGUACUCCCCAGGUUGCUGUGGGGACCUGUGGCCCACUGUUUCCAGUACUUUGAGGCCAUCAAGGUGCUCCAACAGUUGGCCGUUUCUGAGGAGGACAAGGAGACCCUUGCACAGGCCGAGGGACUCCUCAGGAGACUCAAAGCACAGCUGACGCGCACUUGCUCAGGGACGCUGCCCAGGAAGAGGCCAGGGGAGGCGUCACUACGAAUGCAUAGCAGAGACCGACGUUGUAUAGCUUUGCAGAAGAUUAAGGAGCUGCAGAAGACGAUUGAUGGGUGGGAAGGCAAAGAUUUGGGACAAUGUUGCAAUGAAUACAUUAUGGAGGGAAGUCUUGGCAAAGUCAGUUCUGGCAGGCGACUGACAGAGAGACACGUUUUCCUUUUCGACGGAUUGAUGCUUCUGUGCAAACACAACAACAAGCGUACCAGCGUCACAGGAGCUCCGUCUGCUGAGUACCGGUUGAAAGAGUGCUUCUUCCUCCGCAAGGUCGAGAUUAUCGACAGAGAGGACACGGACGAGUUGAAGUGCGCAUUUGAAAUUGCUCCACGAGAUGCCCCGCACACCACACUUUUUGCGAAGAAUGCGGAAGAGAAGUGCACUUGGAUGGCGAAUCUGGUCAUGCUCAACAUGCGAAGUAUGUUGGAACGAACUCUGGAUAGCAUACUGUCAGAGGAGGAAAAGAAGCACCCCUUACGCUUGCCAGAGAAUUACAGGUUCUCAUUGGAAGACUCUGAAGCCUGCAUAGUGUUUGAGGUGGAGAACAAGAACAGCUCGGGGGUGCCGCUCAUCAAGGGGGCCACGUUGCUAAAGCUGGUUGAGCGUCUGACGUACCACAUGUAUGCGGACCCCAUGUUUGUGCGAACCUUCCUCACCACCUUUCGCUCGUUCUGUCAGCCGCACGAGCUCCUAGAUCUUCUCAUCGAGAGAUUUGCGAUACCAGAGCCAGCAGCUCCCCAGCUGGGUGACCAUGUUGAUGGAGCUGAAGCUGAGACUGCUCGAAACCUGUAUCGCGAGUGUCUCAAACGGUUCCGGAAGGAAUAUAGUCAACCUGUCCAGUUUCGUGUGCUCAACGUGCUGCGGCACUGGGUAGAUCACCAUUACUACGACUUUGAGCGGGAUGCAGCACUACUAGAAAAAUUGCGUGGUUUCCUGGACCGAAUCAAAGGCAAGAAUAUGAGGAAGUGGGUGGAAUCCAUUAACAAAGUUAUUCAGCGAAGAAGUGAACAACAGGACGAACAACGAGAAAUCACUUUUAGUUACGAAAAGUCUCCCCCUGUCAUUGAGUGGUACCUUGCCCACGCACCUGAGAAGUUUGACAUCCUGACGCUACAUCCGAUCGAGAUUGCGCGUCAGCUGACGCUUCUAGAGUUUGACCUGUACAGAGCGGUGAAACCAUCGGAAUUGGUGAAUGCCGCAUGGACCAAAAAGGACAAGAACAAGACGUCGCCCAACUUACUUAAGAUGAUUCAUCAUUCUUCUAAUUUUUCCUUUUGGCUGGAAAGGUGUAUAGUUGAAAGUGAGAACUUCGAAGAGCGUGUGGCCGUCAUGUCACGCAUGUUAGAGGUCAUGGUGGUGCUCCAGGAGCUCAACAACUUCACCGGUGUUUUUGCAGUCUCCAGUGCCAUGUCUAGUGCCUGUGUUCACCGGCUUGAGCACACAUCAAAUGCGAUCAAGUACAGCCUAAAGCGGGCCCUGGAAGACGCUUUCGAACUUCAGUCGGACCACUGCAAGAAAUAUCAAGAGAAACUUCGAUCAAUCAACCCACCGUGUGUCCCAUUCCUGGGCAUGUACCUGACCAACAUCUUGCACAUUGAAGAGGGCAACCUGGACUUUCUGCCGAACCACGAGGGGCUCAUCAACUUCAGCAAGCGGAGAAAAGUAGCAGAAAUAACGGGAGAGAUCCAGCAGUAUCAGAACCAGCCUUACUGCCUGAACAUACAGCAGGACAUACGGAACUUUUUGGAAAACCUCAACCCUCAGGAGAGCCAAACCGAAAAAGAGUUCAAUGACUACCUCUAUGCCAAGUCCCUGGAGAUAGAGCCACGUGGCUGCAGGCAACCACCAAAGUUUCCCCGUAAGUGGCCAGAUCUGCCCCUAAAAUCCCCGGGCAUUAAGCUGAGGCUUCCAAGGUCCGGAGGUAGUCAUCACGUACCUCAGGCGCUCGAUGGGAUCCGUGGAGGUUCUCAGGGAAGCGUCAGUGGCUCCAGUCCCCACACAGAGGCGGAGGAUGCCACACCCCCUACCAGUCCUUCCACACCCAUCACGCCCCCCUAUGGCACUUCUCUCUAUGGCUCCUCCCUCCACAGUGACAGCAGUGUCUUUGCUUCUGUUCUUAUUGGUGCAGCCCUGUCCGCAGUUCCAGGCAUCUACCAGGCAUCUCCUCCUGCGCAAGGCGCCUGCCCUCCUGCGGCUCCCCCUUCGCAUCCACCCCCUCCCCCACCCGUGGGGCCACCUCCGCCCCUGAUAAUGGGCCCUCCUCCGCUGCUGCCUCCUCCUCCGCUGCCACCGCGAAAGAAACGGGACUCCUCGACAUCGUCGUGCGACCCCGCGUCUCCAACCACAGCCUUUGUGUUUGACCCACCUUCGGCCGACUUGCUACCACCAGAGCUGCCACCUAGGGAACCACCACCUUCUGUGCUUCCCCGAGAGUCGUCGCCCCCUCCUCUGCCUCCUCGACGGGACGGCGGAUGGACCCUACCGCGUACGCCGCCUCCGCGCAACAGCACGGCGGAGGCUCUGCCGCGACGCAACUCCGCGCACAACGGCGACUUGGCGGGCGUGCUGGCACGGCGGGAGGCUGGUGUCCCGCGCCCUCCCUUACGUACGCCCCAACUCCCACCCAAGACCCACCGGCAACCCCCCCUGGUGAUGAACCAAAAUGCCAGGUAGCUGCCCCCUCCUCCCCAAAGAAACGAGGGGAGGAACCAAGACAGGUAAGAGGAGCGUGCCAAAAGCGAGCGUGCGAGGCUGCAGCAGAUUUUUGCAGAGAGUGUGGCUUGUUGAUUGGUCACGGCGUAAACUCCGCAGUGAUUGCCGGAGGCCACAGGUUCGGGGGCUCCUGUAUAGUCCCACGUUAUGUUACGCUGUAAGUACUACAAAAGAUUUCAGUAUUUUGAUGUGUCGCACAGUUGCGUCACAACCUGAACAAUGUACCUAAGAGGAUAUGUGCAGGCAGGCACAGAUUUGCAAUGUAUAUAUCCAUGUUCCGCGAAGCGUGGAUGAAACGAGCCUUCGUGUUAUCAGCGAGGCACAGAAGUCGUCUGGAUUUGGAAUGGACAUUGUGAUAUUAUUCCAUUCUGCCAACCCACGCACACCGUUGCUUGGAGUGCAGCAUUCCAAAGACGAGGGAUGACGGAAGAUGCGGUGCCGGACGUUUAUGAGUGCGAGGAAAUUGUACAGGGAAGAUUUCAGUCUUUCUUCGAUGGCAGUAUUGUGUAAAUAAUCAGCCAAUUUAAUUGCUGUACAGUGUUAGUCAAUAUUUUUCUUUGAGGCUGUUUUUGCUGUACAUAUAUGUGCUGACGUGUCUUGUACAGUCAGGUUUCAAGAAACUUAGUAGUAGGGCAUUUGCAACAUAUUGUGGAAUAUUGAAAGCUCUUUUUGGUCCGAGGACUAAACCUGAGUAACUCGCAAUGUUUGUUGUUAGUGUUAAUAAAUGAAUGUACGCUGCCCACAAAAGGAAAAAAAAAAUCUAGCGGACAAGACUUACAUGGAAUAGAGAGACUACAAGAGAAAUGUGGUUUAAUUUAUUUACGAGUUUUACAAUAAGAGCGAUCUUUGUGGAGCCUUUUACCAGCAAAACUGUUCAGAGAAAUAAACGAAGAUGUGGUACGGCA